GGAUGAUUGGACUGAUGUUUGUCGCUUUGUUGUAACUAUUGGAUCGAAUUAAGACAAUUUAAAGGACUUUAAAUAACAUGGAAUAUAGAUAAGUAUACGAACUGGGUUACAAUUGCAUAGUACAUGUAUAUUCACUAUGCAGGGAUAUAAACAAAGACGAAAGUAAAACGGUGUAUUAACUUUGUGAUUAUGAUAUACAGCGUGCUUCACAUAUGACACGAAAUGGCUAACACUCUGUUCAUUGUCAAUAAUAACCUUGUAAAUGCUUGAUAUACGUUUAAUUGCCAUUGCUUGUCUACGAAAUAUCCCUAGGUGGAAGCGAGCGUAGAGUCCCAGAAGAAGUUUUUGUGAUUCAUUUUAAAAUCGGAUUAUAGGAUUUAACCAUGGAUUGGAUUUACGUGUUGUUGUUAACGUGCUUCUCCAUGAUAUCUCAUCUGGUAGUAUCAAGCGAUGAUUGUGGGUGUGACGAUAAUCCGGAGGUGGUUAAACUUUACCGUCAUGACCUUCCAAGCAAUCUCUCCGGCGUGGAUGUGUUUUAUGACGUUGAUUUGUCAAAUGACUCUAUAACAGAUUUACAAACUUUAUUGUCAUCUUCAUUAACGUCAAUACGACAUCAUAUAAUACAUUUAGAUUUAAGUUAUAAUCAUAUCCAACAGGUUCAAAGGUCAUUCUUUACGGCCUUACCGAAACUAAGAAGUAUCCUGUUAUCUUCUAAUAAUAUUUCCUCUUUAGACAAGGACGUCUUUAUGGAUGCCAAAUGUUUACAAACAAUAGACAUAAGUGGAAACCAUAUUAAACAGCUACCCUCAGGAUUAUUGGGGAGACAAGGCGAGGUGCUGAGGAUUAAGACAUUUGAUGCUUCGCGGAAUCAAAUAAGUUUCAUGGGAUCGGAACUGUUUCAUGAAGGUUUAGUUUAUCUGAAAAACGUUGACAUUUCUUUUAAUAAUUUGGAGUAUUUCGACUCUUGGCCUUAUAGAACCAGGUCUAUAAACCCUGGCGAUGUAUCAGGUUGUCCUAUAGAUUUAGAUCUAUCAUCAUUAAGUUUCAAUUUCAUAUCCACCGAGGGAUAUACAUUCAAUUUGUCACAUAACAACAUAUCGUAUUUCAGAAAAGCUGUUGGAAUGGAACCGGGGCAACAGAAGAAUUUUAAAGUUGAUCUAACUUUUAACAAUCUUCAAGAUGCAGCAGGUUGUAUUAAGGCAUUAAAUGCUAAUACGCCAUCGGAUUUAGCAAUUUUACGCCUAGAAUUAAAAAAUAAUCCGUGGUUUUGUGAUUGUUCACUUUACAAUGUUGCUCAUAAUGUGCAUAACAGCGUCUACACAGACCAAGCCAGAGAAUAUAUUUAUUGCCAAGAUCCACCAGAUCUACAAAACAGAUCGUUCGGCUAUUUAAUGGAAAAUACGGAUAAAUUAAUUUGCAAUAUAAGUGAAGAUUGUCCUAUGGGAUGUUUAUGUCAGGAUCGGCCUGCAGAGAGUUUAUUAGCAGUUGACUGCAGUAUGGUCAAAAAUCUCACAGAACUACCAGACCGACUACCAAAAUACCCACGGAUUUCUUUAAAUGUUUCUGGCAAUCAGAUAGAAAAAAUAGUCACAAGAAGGUACGCUCAUGCUUUAACUCGAUUGGAUGUUUCUCAUAAUAGACUAACAUCCAUCCAUCCUAAAUUCUUUGAUGACAGUAAAAUAUUGAAAUUCGUAGAUAUAAGUAACAAUUUCCUCACUUCUUUGCCUAUCACAUUGCGAAAUCUAAGAUUACCGUUAUCUGAUGUUCGAGUAGAGAACAAUUCUUUAGUCUGUUCUUGUGACACUUUGUGGAUGAAUGAAUGGUUAAAGGAAAUAAACGGAAAUAAUUUGACAUGUACUGUGGAUGGUAAUGUACAGUAUAUACAUUCAGUUACAUACAAUAGUCUAACAUGUUAUAGAGACAAACUAUUAAUAGCCUGCUUUUUUUUAGGCUGUUUAUUAUCUGUAAUUAUUAUAUCUGUCGUAGUGGUUUAUAAAUGGAAAUAUGAAACGAGUGUUCUAUUGUAUCAUAUAUUUGGAGUUCGACCCUUUGAUAAACCGAAACAAAAAAAACCAUUCGAUAUUCAGGAGGUCGAACCAGUCUUUACUACUGAUGUAUAUAUUUCGUCAAACAGACAAAAUCUUAAAAUAAUAGGCUGGGUUACAAAAAAGCUUUUACCUAAACUAGAGAACUUUAAAAAGACGUGUUAUUAUCCGCCUAAAGAUGACAUCCCUGGUGAUAGUAUAGCAGACGUGAUUACCAACGCCAUGGCAUCUAGUAGGAAUAUUCUAGUUAUAUUAGAUGAUAGUAUUUUAGACAGGGAAUGGUGUAUGGAAGAAUUUUACAUGGGGCAUCAAAUUGCUGGUAAAGUUAUUCUCGUGCUUUUUGACAGUCCAACAAAAUUUGAAGACAUUGAAACUGAACCAAUAAAAACUUAUAUAAACCGACAAGAUUAUAUUCAAAUCAAUCAUAAACUAUUUUGGCAUAAAUUAGAAUAUGAACUGUCAAAGGCGAAAUAAGUUACGGUAGAUAUUUAUCACGUAUAAGGCAAAUAGUUAACCUUUUGGUUGAACCCAGUAGAAAUAUUCGAUAAAGUUUGUGGAGUUUUUUAAAAGGAAAGUUGAUAAACGCUCUCAAGAGACAGAGAGCGAGAGAGAGAGAGAGAGAGAGAGAUGGGGUUUAACGUCCACUCGGCACCAAACUACGUCAUUUCGAGACUAACAUAUGUUUCAAUUUUGUUUCAAUAAUUCGGUUGCGCGAAGGGUUUUUUAGCAGUGGGAGGAAACCGGAGGACCUGGAGAAAACCCACGUGGUUGGACAGGCGACCCUACUCCUUGCCACGUACAACCAGGGAAUCGAAACUACGCCAGUUGACUCAAUGACAGACCUCAUGAUACAGCGCGCACGUGCUAACCAUUCGGCCAUUUAAUCAAGAAUACUGCUUGUAAGAUCGAUUGAAAUCUAUUGUUUUUAAAAUUAGUUUUAAACAUGCCUGCCUCAUAGUUCAUAGUUUAACAAUCAUCUCUUGUCCGUAAUUGCGGUCCGUCUUCAUUAGCCCAGUUUAGGAGCAGAACAGUAGGACGUUAAACCCCAUUUCAUUUCCGUAAUUCAGUAAAUUGAAUUAAUAAUGUUUUCACUUUCUGUUCUUUGUCCAAACCUGAAAAUUUAUAAUAAUUUACAUAAACUAAAAUAUGAACACAGAAAUGACAUGAAAUGAAAUGGGGUUUAACGUCCUACUGUUCUGCUCCGAAUUGGGCUAAUACAGUGUGCUAUGAGGGAAAUAUUGCCCGGACAGCGGCAUUACGGCCUACUCUUAUAUCGAAUUAUAACUGUCAAGGGAUCUUUUACGUGCACGCUAAUGUGUACACGGGACCUCGGUUUAUCGUCCCAUCCGAACGACUAGACAGCUGUCCUUGUCAGGCCCUCCGUCCUGCAUCACUGACAAGGGGGAACCACGCCGGAAAAUCUGGAUGAACUUUCUCGGCCAAUGCAGGGAUCGAACACCCGACCUCCAGGCUAGCGAGCCAGCAUCUUAUCCACUUAGACUAAAGUACAGCUUAAAUUGUCAACAUUAUCGGGGUCAGUUAGAUGUCUUUAACAGUGGGAGGAAACCGGGGGACCCGCAGAAAACCCAUUAGGCUAGACAGGCGACCCUACUCCUUGUCACGUGCAAGCGGGAGUUCGAAACCACGCCACUAGACUUAAUGGCAGACCAAAAAUAGAUAUACACGUAUAGUUAAAAAUAGAUAUGUGAUGUAAUAGGUAAAUCAUGAAUAUUUUAUAUAUUUAAACAUACAUUAUGCAAGAGCUAAAUCUGUUUAUUGCAGGUCUUUCUUUUAACUAUUAUAGUGAGAACUGCCAACUCGUUAUCUAAUUUCCCAUAAUGUAUCUUUAACUUACCCUUAUAGGACCAAUGCGUGAUUGUAUGUAUUUAUAUUAAAAGGUAUUCCGAUGUAUAUAGAAAUGAUUUACGUUUUAAAGAAAUGAUAUUACAUAUUACAAUUUCUAUAGAUUAGAAUACAAUAUUUAUAACAAUAUUAUAAUUUAGUUAUUAAGUAUUAUAUAAAUGAAAUUGUAGAUAUAAAAAUAUGUUCUUCUAUUUUUGUGUGUCUUUUAUAUUAAAAGCUAUUCCAAUGUAUAUAGAAAUACUUUAGCUUUAAAGAAAUUAUAUAUUACAUAUUAUAAUUUCUAUAGAUUACAGUACAGUAUUUAUAACAAUAUUAUAUAUUUUAGUUAUUAAAUAUUAUAUAAAUGAAAUUGUAGAUAUAAAGUAUGUUCUUCUA